UAUGAGUCAACCUGCUCUCCUUCCUUAAUAUGACCCUUGAGCCUUUUGGUUGCUGCCAUUUUUCUCUGCUGCUUGUUUCCUUCACACAUCAGAAGCAACAUGUCAUCUGGAAUACAAGUCGCGGACGAAGUGAAGGAGAUCUUCAACAAGAUGAAAGUUGUGAAAAGCGACACUGCCGACAAGGAUCGUAUAAGAUUGGUGACAUUUACCAUCGCAGGCAACAUUGUAGUGGAAAAAUGUUUUCUGCAGAGUGAUCUGGAAGACGAUUGCGACGUAUUCAAGUUCCUCCAGACUACUCUGCUGACCAAAACUGAAUGCCGCUACAUUCUGUAUGACUGCCACUUUGAAACCAAGGAAUCAAGUAGAAAAGAGGAACUGGUGUACAUGAUGUGGGCUCCCGACACUGCCCAAGUCAAACUUCGAAUGAACUACGCUGCCUCAAAUAGCGCUAUGGAGCGUAUCGUGGAUGGUGUCAAGCAUAAAUUGCAGAUAAAUGACCUUACAUAUAUCGACCGGCUGGAUUUUACAAAAAGACUUGGAAACGUACACAAACUUGAGGGCCACGAUGUUUAAUUCCGCUUCCCUGCUGGCACAAAUGUUCUUCCCCUGGUUUAUCAUGAGGCAUAUUUAAACCAGCUUGAAGAGAUAAUAGCAAGAUAACCAAAUUAACUGCAGUUUUUUUGGGGUAUCUGUCCAACAAAGCUUAAAGGGAAGGUUUGUGGGUUUAGAUUCAUGACAGCCCUAUUUUUGUUUCCCUAAACUAACCAGUUUGGCUGUGAAAUCUGUUUAAUUAUAUUCAUUAUUUGACAUACAUUAGCCUCAUGAUGCUACUGUCUGGCACUUUACCCUUUAAUUCCAGCACUUGACAUUUUCCUUCCUUGUGUAAAUGUCCACUAAAAUUAGAUCCUAUUCAAUGCCUCAAAGGACGGGAGUUCACAAGGUCCAAGUAACUGGGCCUGCAAGUGUAAGAUACAUCUGUCUUUUGAGACUGUUACACCUAAUAAAGAAUGGUACAACUUUUACAGAGAUGGUUUUACUGAGAAGUUGUUGUACUGUCAAUAGUAUUAUUCAAUAAAUCCAAUGCAAUCAA